AUGACGGAAGAGGAAGAUGAAGGUACUGGAAAUUGUGCGAGUGAGUUGAGGAGUGCAGAGAGCCAACGGUCUGCGCGCGCACUGAAGUCGCACUCCUUUACGUUUGUCGCUACGCACUCAAAUUCUCCCCCAACACGCACUCGCACCAAUUGCUCGCACCGCACCAAUUUCCUACGCACUCCUACUUUUCGCACUCGCCAAUUGUCCCUCUCUCUCUCCGCAACUGCAAUGUCCGACGAACAAUUCAACGUACAAGGCUAUAAUAUAGUCACCAUUCUCAAGCGCUUGGAAGCGGCCACCUCGCGCUUGGAGGACAUUACAAUUUUCCAGGAUGAGGUGACGCGUUCAAACGACGAUGUUGCCUCGUUAAGUCUGUCGAAAUCAAAGGCAAUUUCCUCAAAAGACAUUCCCGGAAACUCAACCAACUCAGUUCCCUCAGCUCCCCCAGCUCCCCCAGCUCAGCCAACUCCCGAAGACCCCAAAUUCGUCACUGCGUUUGGCGAUUUCAUCACCUCCUCGGUGAAUCCGUUCGUCGACCAGUCCAAGCAAAUUGGCCCUAUUGUGGGCGAUGCCGCCACCUUAUUUGCCCACGCGUUCGACGAGCAAGUGCACUUCUUGCGCGUGGUAGCACAGGCCAAGAAACCAGACAUGGCAGAUGCUGGUUUUCUUGCACUUCUCAAGCCCAUUAACGAGGCAAUUGAACAAAUCAACCAACUCAAAGAUACUAACCGCGGCACCAAAACUGCCAAUCAUCUCGCUACAAUUAGCGAGGGGGCUUCCGUGUUGGGGUGGAUCGUCUCUGAUACCCCAGUGCUGUUGAUUCCCGAGUUCAAGGACAGUGCCCAGUUCUGGGCCAACAGAGUGGUCAAGGAGUACAAGACAGAACCCCAGCACCAGGAAUGGACAAGGUCGUUUUUGGGGAUUUUCGAUGACUUGAAGGCAUACGUCAAGGAAUACCAUCCUACGGGACCUAGCUGGAAUCCAUCUGGAAAGUUGUUGCUGGAGGUGGUUUCUCAAUCGCCUAAAAAAUCGGCUCCUUCUUCUCAAUCUGGUUCAGUGCCCGCUCCUCCUCCGCCUCCUCCAGCCGACAUCUUCUCCGAAUCCUCCAAGAGCUCAGACAGCUCUUCCUCCGGCGGAAUGAAGGCGGUGUUUGCCGAUCUCAACCAGGGCGAGAAUGUUACUUCGUCGCUCAAAAAGGUUGAUAAACUGCAAAUGACCCAUAAAAACCCCGAAUUGCGCCUGAGAGACCCCGCUAGUGCGCCAAAGAAACCAUUGCCCCCUAAGAAACCCAGCAACUUGUCGGGAAACUCCAAAAAGAAACCCGCCAAAAAGGAGCUUGUAGAUGGCUCUAAGUGGAUCAUUGAAAACUUUUCAGAACAGGACAUUUCUGAGCCCAUAGUCAUUGAGACAGACAUGACACAGCUGGUGUUUAUUGGAAACUGCCAGGGAAUUACCGUGCAAAUCAAAGGAAAGGCUAAUGCCGUUUCCAUCUCAGAAACAAAGAGUACGGGAGUAGCAGUUGAUUCGCUCAUUUCCGGACUUGAUGUCAUCAAAUCGUCCAAAUUUGGCGUCCAGGUGACAGGAGUAGUACCCAUGAUCAGCAUUGACUUGUGUGAUGAAGGUUCCGUCUACUUAUCACAAGAAUCAAUCGAUGCCGAUGCUCAGGUGUACACCAGCAGUACCACCACGAUGAACAUAUAUGUGCCCAAGGAUGGCGAUUUUGUGGAAUUGGCGGUGCCAGAGCAGUUCAAGCACUCGGUUAAGAACGGCAGUUUGACCAGCGAGGUGGUGGAACACGCCGGCUAA